CAUUCCUUGCUUUUUACGAUUGAGUUGAACCGAACAUACAUACUGCAUGCUGCGCGCUUGACUGCAUUAGUCUUUUUUUUUCUCCCUUCAUUGGUAUAAUAAUCAGUGGUGUGCAUUUUUCCUCUCACAAGUACCGAAACGUCAAAGAAAGGUCAAAAUUUAAACGCGAUUUAUUUACUCAACAAUUCAUCCUCUUCCACUGUGCAGUAUCUAAUUUCAACUUUAGUCAACUCAUCGUUUAAACUUAAAUGUGUAGUUAGUGGCCGCAUGAUUGCGGAAAGAAAGGAGUGUCAAAGUGUUCUUCACUUGAUAACUAAAAGGAUAACCUAGUGAAAAUAAUAAAAGUGAAAGUUAGAAUGAACAAAACGUGCGCACGCUGCGAAAAAACGGUUUAUCCGAUAGAGGAACUCAAAUGUCUUGACAAGAUAUGGCAUAAACAAUGCUUCAAGUGUCAGGGCUGUGGGAUGACUUUGAAUAUGCGUACUUAUAAGGGAUUCAAUAAACAGCCGUAUUGCGAGGCGCAUAUACCAAAGGCAAAGGCAACUACUAUGGCAGAGACGCCUGAACUAAAGCGUAUAGCAGAGAACACGAAAAUUCAAAGUAAUGUAAAGUAUCACGCGGAGUUUGAAAAGGCCAAGGGUAAAUUCACUCAGGUUGCUGACGAUCCGGAAACAUUAAGGAUCAAACAAAACAGCAAAAUCAUUUCCAAUGUUGCAUAUCAUGGUGAACUUCAGAAAAAAGCAAUCAUGGAGCAGAAGAGAACAACGACGGGUGAAAAUGGUGAACAAAUAGAGUACGUGGAAUACUCGGAUGGAACAAUCGUUACAACUACGAAUGUGAAUGCAAAUCCAGCACCAGUACGAAUCGCCAGUCCUACACAAAGAUCACCAGGACGAAUUGCUGAUUAUGAUCCUUUAACUGAGGCGAGACCUGGUCCCUAUUCUGCCCGACAAGCAGCAACGACUGUUAUUUAUACCAGCGAUAAGGGUGCAGUGACGAAUCCACCUACAAGAAAAAUUGGCUCCGUAGCAGAUAUUGACCCAGUGAAUGAGUAUUAUGGUUCGCUCACACCUGCAAUGAAUAAUAAUCACGUACCUCCGCACCAACCACCAUUAUUACCAACUGCAAACACUCUGCGGGUGUAUCGAGCAAUGUACGAUUACGAGGCGCAGGAUUCCGACGAAGUGAGUUUUUGUGACGGGGAUCUCAUUAUAAAUUGCACUGCGAUCGACGAGGGGUGGAUGACAGGGCUUGUUCAACGAACUGGACGUCACGGAAUGCUACCGGCAAACUACGUUGAACCAGCACAAAUUUAAAUUGUUUCUUGUCAGUUCCAUUUUGUUAAGGUCCUUAAAUUUUGUUAUUAUUAGUUGCAUUGAUAGAAAUUAUUGGAAAAAGCAUUGUAAGAGAAAACUACUAUUUUUCUGUUUAUCACACUCUAAUAUUGUGAGAUUUGGAGAGUUUAAUUUAGUACCGAGAUUACAUUCUCAUUGUUGCAAUUCCUUACAUAAAACGCCCAGAGAUCUUGUCAAUCAUUCAUACAAUUGCAGUCCGCAGUUCUUUCGGCAUUCCAUUUUUUCUUUAUCGUGUAAGCUUAUUUGUUGAUUUUCCAUUUUCGAAGAUCAAUUCUUGAACUCAUGCAUUUUAUUUAUAGAAGAAAGAACUCUAUUUCGAAUAUUUUAUUCGCUUCUCAGACGUAUACUCUUUUUCUAUUAACACAGAUUGUAUGAUAAUUUAUUUUUUCAUUAAAAAAAAAUACUAACAUAGUGUAUGUAGAUGUGGGGGAGGGGCGUAACUGAACCAAGUGCCUUUUACAUGAUAGAGAUUGACGAAAUGCAAAGACUUCAAUUCGGACAUUUUUUAUUAUCUUGAUGAAUUGGUAUUUGCGUUGUAACCAAUUACAACAACGAGACAUAAAUAUUUAAUAGAAUGAAUAUUCAUCUAUCUAAACUGUGGUUACGACAUGGUGUAAAUACAGUUAUUGUAGAACCGUUGUCCGAACCAAUUUUUACGAAUUCGUUAUCUGAAACUGAAAGAAGAUCACCGAUCCUAGGUUAGACCACCACCUACAUAACUAUCUACUACUAUUGACUCUAGAUCGACAAUAAUAUUAUAAAUACUGGAUAUGGCAGAAGGAUGUUGUAAUAAUACAUAUUUUCCAUAUGUAAAUUUAA